UUUGUGUGGUGGUUUGAGAACGUGAACAUUGGGUUUUUGGUGUACUUGUGGUUUUUUUUGUCAUGGAUCAAAGGUGGAAAAGGUUACCCUUGCUAGUAAUCAUCUUGUUGUUUUGGAGGAAUGCUGAUGGAUUUAAAGGUGGAGUUUCUUCCAGUGCCCAUCAUGGGUGGGGUCAGCCUUCUGAUGCUUUCUCACCUCGUGCAGUCCAGUCUUCUAUGUCAGAGAUCCAUUUGACUGGGAUUUUGCCUGUUGAAGAAGUGGGCUCCAGUUUGUUCCCUAACAAACCCCUGAAAAGCAAGUCUAAGUUGAAUCUACUUCAGUUUGUCAAAGGUGGUUCCAGCAGCUAUCAGUCAACGUCCCAUGCCCAAACUACUCCAAGCAGCUCUGUCUCAGCGUCCUUGCCUCUGUCCCUGAAUCAACAGCCUUCAUGCAGUUUGGCAUCCUCUGGAUCAACCAUUCCAGGUGUUGCUGGUGGAUUAAGUUUGGAGACCCAAUAUGCUGCAAGUGGUUUAGGACAAGUUGUUUCUACCUUAGGAGAGCGUAUUAGCUAUCCUGCUAAGCUUGGUGUUUCUGGCCAAUCCACCAGUGAUACUUUGCAUGUGUCCAGCUCCCAGGAAACUGCUGUUCAACUGGCAGAAACCUCUUUGCCUGUGUUCUCUAAAAAAAAGUGUCUUACAGCAGUUCAUCUGCUCCAGGUGCCACUUCCACUUCUCGGAGUAGCCCUGCACUACUUUCAGAAAGCUUGGUUCAACCUGUAUCUUCUCAGGGUGAAGUUGGUUACAGUGGUUUGUCUCAAGGUGCCUCUAGUCAGUAUACCCCAGACUCCAAUACCAUGCUUGGUUCUCCAAUUUCUAGCCAGUCCAGUGGCGACCAGAGCUUCCCCAGUCUGUUUGGCUCAAGCUCUCAGGGUAGUUCUGACGCCUUUUUAG